GGAAGCCAAAAGUAUCUGGGAGACAGACAGGUGUCACGGAAGUUUACACUUGAAGAAGCGCAUCACUCCGCGUCGGGUUUGUCUCAUUAUCUCGGGAUAACGUUAUUUGAGGAGACUGUAACUGGCGGUCAUCCGGUGCCAGCUGAUCCUGUGGUUGUCCCAGCCUCGGCCCCCAGAGCAGCAGCGCCCGUAACUCUCCUCCUCCCCUGUUGGACCAGCAGCAGCGUGAGCGAUGGGCCGGAAGCUGGACCUGUCGGGCCUGACGGACGACGAGGCGGAGCACGUCCUGAAGGUGGUGCAGCGGGACAUGAAGCUGAGAAAGAAGGAGGAGGAGAGGCUGAGUGAGAUGAAGCAGGAGCUGGCGGAGGAAGGCAGCAGAUGCUCCAUCCUCUCCAAGCAGCACCGCUUCAACGAACACUGCUGCAUCCGCUGCUGCGCGCCCUUCACCUUCCUGCUCAACCCCAAGCGCCAGUGCCUGGACUGCCAGUACAACGUCUGCAAGACCUGCCGCACCUACAGCAAGAGGGACAAAGCCUGGCUCUGCUCCGCAUGCCAGAAGGGCAGGAUUUUGAGGACCCAGUCCCUGGAAUGGUAUUAUAACAACGUGAAGAGUCGCUUCAAGAGGUUCGGCAGCGCCAAAGUCCUGAAGACCCUGUACAGAAAACACAUUAUAGAGAGAGGAGCCCUGUCUGAUCUCCCAGAAAGCAGUUAUCACGAGGGAAGCAACGACAACGAUGGCAGCAUCUGUGGCAGUGACUCCGCCUUCUACAAGCAGAGUGAAGGACACAGCAUGGCAGAGACGCUCACAGUCGCCCUGCGAGUUGCUGAGGAGGCUAUAGAGGAAGCGAUCGCCAAGGCAGAGGAGUUCAGUGACAGCUUGGAGAAGCAGAAUGAGGCUCGAUAUCUGCGGGACCACAAAGAGGAGCUUAUAGAGGAACUUGCCACAACUAUUGUACAAAAAAUCAUCCAGAGGCGGAAGCGUUCAGAAAUGCAGACAGAGUAUGACUUUGUGUGGCCUCAGCCUCAGCCUCUGAUCCAGCCCAGCGAGCUGCCGUCCCCCUCGCAGCCCCAGGCCUCCUCCCAGGGACCACAGGACCCCUUCAAGACCUCCUACGCCCUCUGGCGGUCACGGUCGGCGUUCUCCCUAACUAGUGACGACUCCCCAGAAAAGGGUCCAGAGGAGGAGAGCACGGGGGCGGGUGGAGGCUUCCCGGAGUAUGCGUCUCUGAAGAGGGAGGCCAAGGCCACCUCACUGCCCAGCUGGAAGAGUGUGGACCGCCUGGACAACUCCAGUGCGUCCUCAGUGCUCCAGAGCCCAGACGGUAACUGGAUCGCCCUGCAGAGCUCCCAGUUGUCCCGGCCCAGCCUGCUGACCAAGAGGAAAAGCUUGGUGUUCAGUGUGUUAGAAAAGGAGUCUGGUGUCAUUUCUGCCUAUGACGAGAUGGGCUCUGAGUCUGACGAGGGCGAUGAAGGCGGGUGGGGCGCAGCAUUGCGACAGUUUAGACGCAAACUGUCCGACGAGACUUACUACACGGACUCGCAGCACGAUCCCGAGUGGACGUACACCCAGCACCUCCCAGUUACCUCGCCUUCCUCUGGCCAGUACACGAACACAGAGACCCUCAACUCAGACUCAGAGGCUUCGUCGGUGCCCUCCGCACGUCCUCGUAAACCGCCACACAACCUGCUGAAGAAGAAAGGACCACCGGACACACAUCUGCACCCCCAGCACCACCUGCUGUACCACCAACAGCACCACCAUCACCAGAACCUCCCUCCAUAUCCACUGCACUCAGAGGCACUUGAUGUCAACUUCAACCCAAAGGUGAUGGGAGACAGCAGCGAGGCUGAGGAGAGGCAGAACGACCCUGUCCGGAGGUCAAGGAGACGCAGGAAGAGCAAGAGAGAGUCCUCGACAGAGCAGAGCAGGCCUGGAGGCCAGAGUCACACGCAGUCCAUCUACCCACUAGUGCAAGAGAACAGUGGCUUUCUACUUAAUGCCCUUUUGAAGAGGAGUUUAAGUGAGGAGCCAGUUCCUGACACUGUGCCCACAAUGGCCUCGGCUAUACCCGAGGUCUACACUUUAGAUGCCAUGACACCUGAGCCAGAUGACUUGGACACGGUGGCCCCGAACUCAGCGGCACCCAGUCCUCCUCAGCCAAACCCCUUGGGGUCCCAGCAUUGCCCCAGCAGCUCAGGGCCUGGAUGCAGCCCUGGAGAGCCUCUGGAACAGGAGCUACGAUCUAAACUUAGCCAGCUGGUCAGCCACACCAACAGCAAGGACAGCAGCUCAUCCGACGAGGAGUGUGUCAAACGGCCCGUCGACAAACAGACGAAUAAAGAGAGCGACAGACAGAAGGAGAAGUCGCGACCAAACGACAGAGACAGAGAAAAGCAGAGGCCAAGUGAGAGGCUAAGAAACAGGGCAAGUAGUAAAGACGGAGAAAAAGGAAGUGAAACGAUGGAACAGGUGAUCGUAUCAGAACCAAAAAGAAGAGAGAGGCUGAUGGAAAGCCAGUCAGUAAGAGAUGAAGGGAGAGUCAGGGAGCGCAGGUUAGAGAAAGGAGGGAAGAGCUUGGAGGACAGUGUAGAUGACAAGGAGCAAAGGAGAGGAGAAAAAGAAGAGGCGAACAGGCAAAGCAAGAGACAGCAAAAAAGAGAUGUGGAGAAGGAAGUGGCACAGAAAGGAGGAGUAAGAAGGAGUGGAUCCAGUGCAAGCUCGCCUGCUGUUACUCCUUCAUCCCUGGAGGGGGUGCUGUCAGACGGACAGGAGGGUCAGGAUGAAUUCGAGCUGCAGCAGAGGCUUCAGUUGCUCUCCUCUCUCUUACAGCAGAAGUACUCGGCAGCCUCUCUCUGCAGCAUCACCACGGAGGUGCUUAAGGUUUUGAACGCUACAGAGGAGCUGAUCGGUGAGGCAGGGGGGGAGAGCUUCACCCCAUCUGAGUCCAUGAGCGCUUCGCCCAUCUCCAGCAGCUCGGAGACCCGCAGGCUGGACCAGAGGCUCACCAAGAUGGAAGAGAACGUGUACCUGGCUGCAGGUGCUGUGUACGGCCUGGAGGGGGCACUGGGGGACCUGGAGGAAUGCGCCCGCAGCAUCAGCAGUGGCACCACAGACACAGAGCUGGCCUUCCUGGAGGACCAGGUGGCCACUGCUGCCGCUCAGGUCCAGCAGUCUGAACUCCAGAUAUCCAACAUUGAGGCCAGGAUAUCCGCUCUGAAAACAGCCGGCUUGAAUGUCACGGUCUGCAGUCAUUUCUCCAAGCUCAAGACAAAGGCUAAGUCUCAAACCCUGGACUCAUCACGCCACCAGAGGAGAAAGCUACCAGCCCCUCCACUUAAAGAGAAGUUGGGGCCGGAGCAGCAGGUGAAAGUGUCUCAGCCAUAGUGGCAGUCAGCAGCACAAAGUGUCCCUCAGGGCGACUUUAGACCCCCAGGGACGGGGCCCCUCUAAUCCAGUGCCUUGAUCCAGCGUCCGCCUCCAGCUCCGGGCCAAGUGGGGGCCAACACCUGCCCUGCAUCACCCACCCAGCACUCAGCGCUCAGCCAGGCACAGCACCGAUCAGUCCAACGCCUCAUCCUCUCUGUCCUUUUCCACCCAGCCCAGCCUAGCCGAGGAGCGGACUGGCUCUUUCCCCAUUACCGGUUUACCCCCUCCAUCCUCCCUCUCCAUCACAUGCACAUAACUUCAAGCAAGGACGGCUCGACAGAUGGUGUCUCUGCCUUAAAAUCUGCAAAACACUCCUCGCGAGACCACUCGCUGUCCAACUCAAAAAGAAAAAUCUAACUUAAUGUCACUGUACAGAGAAAAAGAAAACAACAAAAAACAAUUGUAAUUUUUUUUUCUAUCUGUUUGCAAGAGUGUUGUAGGUGUUUGAAAUUAAUGUGCAAUGAAGAUGUGGAAAAAAUCAUGUGAAACUUUGUGAUUCAAUGUCCCCAAAAAGAGGCUGAACCAUGUUUUAUACAACAUCUUCUUUCCGCCAAAUGAAAUGUCAUGAGGAAUCUCAAAGUCCCUUGCAGAGCCUUUUUGAAUGUUGGUGUCAGUUCUCACACCCAGCUGUCAGAUGGUAAAUCAUCACUUGAGAUGAUGAUUGUCUUUCUUCUGAGGUUUUCACUGAAGUUGGUGCAUUUAUAAGCGGAAAUUGUUGUAAUGUAUAAAGUAUCACGGCCAUAACAUUGUUGUUGUCCUUAUUUUCUGCUGCCAAAAUUGUUGAAAGGCAAUAAUGGAACACAAAGCACACAGACCUGCAGAAAUAUUUGAUCCUUUGAUAGCAAAUUUGCUAUGUAUAACAACCUCCACCAAUUAAUUAAAUGGUAACACUGUUGGUGAGUCACUAGUCAAGUGUUCUCCCAUUUAUUUCAAGAGAUAAUAUCUGAGAUAAAUUAUUUUUAGAGACUCACACCAUAGACUUGUUGCAGAAGCUGUGUCAUUGAAAUGGAUCAAACGAAGGCUGAAUAAGUCUGAAUUUCAGACCCACUUAGAAGUGAACAUGAGUCUGAUAUUCAGGUGUGGGAUGAAAGUGAAUUUAUUUUAUUGAAAACCUUGCCUUUCCUUGUGCAGUAUUCUUCAUCUCAAAGUCACGUCUUUUUCAUUCACUCCCUUCUCUCUCUCUCUCUCUCUCUCUCUCUCUCUCCAUCUUUCUCUUGAUUUACUUUCUAACUCUGUGGCCUUUUAUUUGAACAAAAGGUGUUCUCAUGUUUUCCCUUUGCCUGCAUCACAUAGGAACUUUUGUGUUUGCGUGCAAGAAAUCUUGUAAAGAUUUAUACAUAAUGAAGUCUGACGGGCUUUAUAACAAAUGCCAUGAAACCAUGAUUUUGUUACAAGCAGUUUAUUUUUGUACUAAAAGUUUUUAUGCAGUACCACUGAGACAAGUACUAUUGCAACUUAAAGGCUUUAUUCUCUCCUUGAAGGAGCCGUCCUGAAACCUGUCAGACUUUUAUGUUUUGUGACUCAAAGUGCUUUCAGUGUUUGCCUGCAUUCACCACCAAUUUUGCUUAUAAUGAUGAUGUUCCAAAAAAUGGGUGACAACAUGGUGUUUUUGGACUGGCUAGUGCUACCAUUCACUUUAUCUACUUAGGAGAAUGCUGUCUUUAGUUCUUUUUUUCCCUCACAUAAGUAAUAACUUUGUGAUCAUCUGCAUUAAUUAAAACAUCAGUUACUCCUCUACAAGGUUCUUAAAAAUUUGGCUUGAUGAUUCCACCUUCAGUGCAGGGUUGAAUUUCCUAAAGGGCGUCUUGAUUAAAAGGUGUGACGAUCCUCUGUUUGAAUGCUCUGCCCCUCCAUUAGUGACCUUUUCAUUCCAGCCUGUUGCAUCACUUUUGUUUUUCUUUUCUCAGAUUGAUCCUGUACCUUUUCCUGUCAGUCUGGGUCCCAGAGGUGUCAAUGUAUAAAAGCAUGUUUCUGGUUUUAUCAAAUAGGUGUACAAAUUCCCAUAAGAAGCACAGUCACGGGGUCCAAUCAUCAAUGUCCUGUAUUUUUCUAUUGUAAAAAAAAAAAAAAGAUAUUUUAUCUCAUUUCAGAAUUUGUUUAUAUAUGUAUAUGUGUGAAAAGAUUGAUAUGAUAUAGAAUAAUGUAUGAACUGCCCAAUCAUAGUUGCCCAAUCUUUCAGUGUUGUGUGCAGGAGACUGCGUAUAACUGUCAUGACAUGAAGGCUGGAUUCACACAUGAACACACUGUUCCUGCGUCACUUACACACUGUAUCUUUAGCCCUAUGUAUACUAGAUAUGGUGUUGCCUCGCUGAUCUGACUCACACAAAUCCAAAAAAGAGGUGUAAUUCUUGUGUAAAUCCAACCUGAAUGACUAUGGUGAGGUUCACUGUGCACAGCUCCACAGGCGGGCCGGUCACUUAUAUGUGCAAUAGUUUGUUGCAAUCCAUAUACCAUAUGUUGGGGAAAAUAUUAACAAGCAAAAAAUACAGAUUCUCUAUGUGCCACAUUACUCUGAUUGAGAAAAAAUGUAAUAUGAAAU